CCUUCUUUUUCUUUACAACUUUUGCAAAGAAAGUCGUGUUUUUUGCUAUCACGUUUCGUGUCGAUAAAAUAAAGACUUAAACAUGCGUUACGUGGCUGCAUACCUUUUGGCUGUCCUCGGCGGCAAGGACUCCCCCGCCAACGCCGACCUGGAGAAGAUCCUCAGCUCCGUGGGCAUUGAGGUCGACACCGAGCGCCUGACCAAGGUCAUCAAGGAGCUGGCCGGCAAGAGCAUCGAGGAGCUCAUCAAGGAGGGACGCGAGAAGCUGUCCUCCAUGCCCGUGGGAGGCGGCGGUGCCGUCGCUGCCGCCGACUCUGCCCCCGCUGCCGCCGCUGGAGGCGACAAGAAGGAGGCCAAGAAGGAGGAGAAGAAGGAAGAGUCCGAGUCCGAGGACGACGACAUGGGCUUCGCUCUCUUCGAAUAAGCUGGAUCUUUAUUUCCUACCCACCCAAAAAACGCCGUAUAUACUGUGUGAAUACCGGGCCAAGCAGAGCGUCGCCCCUGCAGUACUCCGUAGACGAUGAAGAACUUGUCGUCCGGCUACCAUUGUUAUACAAUAAAAAUCUGCAGUAUUUGCACUUUAUAUAGAAA